CUGAAUGGAGUGACUGACCACUGAUUCCUAACUGAUGUCAGUGACUUAGGGAGCAGGCUGAGGAUUUCCCUAUGGAAAAAAAACCGACAUCCGUGUGGAGACAUGGUGACAUGCAGCAGAACCCCAAAUGAUACCAGCUCCAAGACUGAGCAAGACACACUAGAGGAGGAUGGCAUUGUCAUCACUGGUGUCCAGUCAGGGCGGACUUUGCCAGCAGCGCUGAGCAGAAGGGUGGAGGACUUCAGGGCCAUGCUACUCAGUCCACAUAGCUGGCUUGACGAUCGAGCAAUUGAUCAUGCCCAGGCUCUCCUAAAGUUGCUGUACCCCAAUAUCGGAGGCCUCCACGCCACCACCUCCGUGGCUCUACUAUCUACUGUGCCGUCAAAAACCCAGGGGUUUGUGCAGAUUUUAAAUGUUUGUGCAAACCACUGGGUUACGGUAAGUGACAUUGGGUGUAAGGUGGGUGCUGUGAAUAUUUUUGAUUCCCUAAACAGAGCCCAUACGCAGGAGUUUGAGGUUCAGGUGACAGGUUUGCUCUGUUUUCCUGGGAAGAGUGUGACCAUGCAGUGGCCCGUUGUCCAGCAGCAGGAAGGUGGCACCGACUGUGGGCUGUUUGCUAUUGCAAACAGUCUCACCAUCUGCAGAGGUGAGGAUCCAUGCAUUACCACUUAUGAUCAGAGACUCAUGCGAGACCAUCUUUUUGCAUGUUUUCAGAAGGGCUUCCUGACACCAUUCCCGGGUUAUGUGGAGAGCCCCCCGAUGACCUUAGGCCACGCCAUGGAGUUGGACAUCCAUUGCCUCUGCCGCCGAGCAAUCCGAUCAGGUAAGGAUCCUGUUGUUGUCUGCAGGAGGUGCAGGCAACUUUUCCACCAGUUUUGUCUGAGCCAUGUUUUAGAUUUUGCAGAGUAUGUCUGCCCUAGAUGUACUGUUGUUGUGUUGUGUUAAUCUUUUCUUUGAGCUUUUUUUUUUCUCGCAGGUUUAAUGCAGAACAUUUAAAUAAAAUUUGUAUGUAUUGGCAGAAUGUUAUGAGCAUAACUAUACCAUAUUUAAGCUGUGUUCCAUAUUCUUAACUGUUAUUUGUCCUAGAUGUACUGCUGUCGUGUUCCUGUUGUGUUAAUCUUUUCUCUAAGUUGGUCACUUGCAGAUUGUAUCCAGACACUCAGUUACAAUCAGUUUAAAUAAUGAAUUCAUUAAUCAAUCAAUCAGUUCUUUAUUUAAUCAGUUAUUUAUCUAAUAAGUUAAUUAUUUAAUCAGUUAAUUAUUGUUAAUUAUUUAAUCAGUUAAAAAAAAAAAACCCUCUCUAAGGCCUGUACCUUGAUGCUGGUGAGGGGGCUUUUCACUAAACCAGGCCUUGUCAAGUGUAGUUAAUUAAUUUGUGUACUUUAUGUAUGGUGUGCUUUCAUUAAUUCACUUGUGUGGUUUAUACUUUAAUUCAUUACAUUUUGUACAGUGUGAUUGAGCAUUGUGUGUUUGAGCACUGUGUGUCAUGGAUUUGCUGUGGACAUUUCUAUAUCUGCCACUUUACAAUUAUGGCUACACGAGACACACCCCUCUUCGCCCAGAUUUGGCGGUGUGCGAGAUGUGUGGGGCUUGCGUUUGUUCUGUGUGAUAAAAAGACAGGUUCAGUGGAGGUAGGGGGAGAAGGUGAAAUGGACUGAGAGGGCAUGGACGCAGGGGAGAGAGUAGCGGCAGAAACCGGGAGAAAGCAGAUAGAGAAGAAUCUGUGUGGACUGGUGUGGACAGAGCGCACACCAACGUGAGAGACACAGGUGGAACCGGAAGGACGGGCCAGCCAGACACGGAACUUGAUUCAACGCCUAUCUGAGCUAAGUGAAGGAAAGUUGUCCUGUCUGUAUGCAUGUGUGUGAGUGCGAUCUGAAACUCUGUGUUCGCGACUGAGGGCUUUUUUUUGUCUUUUAACAGUGGUGAAGCCAUUUAAACGAGCCCGCAGAGUGGUGUAGAAGGCCACCAGGCGUCAGCGAGAGAGUACGAUGACUUCACUUAAUCCACUGUCUCUGGUGCUGUAACUAGGUGCACUUGCACUGUUGGACCCGGACUCUAUCAUUGUGGACUGUAUUUAUAACUCUACUCGUCACAUUCCACACUGUUUUGAGAUUCUCAUCUACGGACUGGCUAAUGAACUAUGACUGAAUGUUGAUUGAGUGCACAUUGUCUAUUUUGUGAUUGUGAUUUUAUACUAUUGCUAUUUAUAGUGAUUUUAUACUAUUGCUAAUUUACACUACUGUUUUUUACUGCUUAUUUAUUAUAGUGGUUGUGUACUUUAUUAAACUUGUUAAACUGUAAA